GAUAAAGCUAAAAAAAGAGAACGUGUUCAGGGUGAACUGCGGGCGGGACCCCAAACUGUACUCUGUCUCUCCCAGAGUGUGUAAUUGCUGAGAUGGGUGGAUGUAGGACCCCAAGCACCCUGGGGACCGAGGUCCUCAAAUGACAGCAGAGGUCCGGGCUGAGCCAGGAGCAAGUGGCCUGUGCCCUGGCGAGUGGAGAGCCGCGAGGGUGGGAGUGGAGCCAGGAGAGGGGUGGGAGACUCAGGCGGGGUCUGGGAGGCGCUGGCUGUCGCCGCUCAAGGCAGGGACACCCCUGAACCUCCACUAUGCAGCCCCCACAGGGCAGAGUCGUCUGGCAGCCAAGGGUCGAAGUUAAGAGGGCAAGUUCGCAGCAGGUUGAAUGAACCCCUGUACCCACUGUGGGUUCAUUUUAAGUGCCUGGAGCGAGGUGGGUCAAGCCCUUGCUGAGCUCGAGUGAGGGAGUCAGUCAGGGAGGACCGAGCUCAGGGUGGGAGUGAGGGGCAGCUAGCAUGGUGAGUCCUCCUCAGCCGGGUGGGUUCUGGGGACACCCUUGAGUUCAGGGCUGCCCUUUCAGUAGCCCCACUGGAGGCUUGUUUAGGGGCUUAAAGGGGGGCAGAAGCCCACUUAGAAGACAUGCUCAUUCCCAGGGGUGGUGGUUUCUGAAGGAGUAUAUACUGGUCGGUUCGACUGUGACCCAGUACCUUGCAGGGUCAUGUUUGACAGGGGGCCUGAGCCGUGGGCACAGCCUGCCUUCUCCUGCACUCCACGCUCAAGUGUUGUCUUUUUGGCAGCCCCUCCCCCCUCUCUGCACCCUUGACAGUGGGCCUGAGCCCAGCCCCCCUGUUGCCACGGAGCCCCUUGUGACUGAGUGGGUUCCAGUUCUGGGCUCCUGGGAGACGUGCCGGAGGCAGAGCCUUCAUGCCAUUUGGUGGUCAUAGUGUGAGAGCAGUGGUCAUAGUGUGAGAACGGUGUGUGUGAGAGUGGUGUGUGAGAGCAGUGUGUGUGUGAGAGCGGUGGUUGUAGUGUGAGAUUGGUGGUGGUAGCCGAGGUAUCCUACUGUGAAACAGCGGUUGCCCCCGAGUGGGGGGCUUCCCCCAUCCGUGAGGAUGGGUCGCAGAAGGGCCCGCCUGUGGGCGUUAUUCCAGCGCUGCAACCCCAAGGCAAAGGCGAAGACUAGGAAGGACUUGGCCUCAGCCCACGUCCUGGAAGCAGAGCGGCCUGAGGAGUUUCCAACUCCUGAAGAACUACACACAUGGAGGCAGCAGCUGCGUGAAAGACAAGAGGAGAUCGCUCAGCUAAAAGCUGAAAGAAACAACACCAGGCUGCUGCUGGAGCACCUGGAGCGCCUGGUUUCCCGACACUUUAGCGCCGUCGGGAUGACAGCGGGCAAGUGGCAGGCGCAGUCCCCAGCCGGCAUGACGAGUGAGGUGGAGGUGCUCAGGGCGCUGAAAUUUCUCUUUGAAUACCACAAGGCCCUGGACGAGAAGCAGAUGAUUCUUUCAGAGGAGAAUAACCAGGAAAAGAUACUAACGGACAGGGUGCUUGAUGUACAUCAUGAGCAAGAAAACAUGCCAAGCGCCAAUGGAAAGAGACCCUCGGACGGCUUGGCGAAGGAGACAGAGCUCCAGGAAAUCAUACAGAGGCAGUUGCGGGAGCAGAGGCAGAUGGAGGAGCGCCUGGCAGCCCUCUCUGCCCACGUGAAACAUCUGGAGGAGGACCUGGACACGGCCAGGAAGGACCUCCUCCAGUCCAAGGACAGGAACAGAAAACUUGAGCGGGACGUCCGCGAAACAGAGGAUAAGAACCGCCAGUUGCAGGAGCGCCUGGAGCUGGUAGAGAAGCUGCAGCCGAGACUGCGGAGGGCAGAGACGCUGCCCGAGGUGGAGGCGGAGCAGGCGCAGAGGGUGGCCUCGCUCUCCAAGGACCAGCUGAUUCUAAACCUGGAACCCCUGAGAGCCGAAGUGGACCAGACGAGACUGCGAGGGGCUCCCUUCCACCACAGGGGAUCCUCGCAGUCCAGAGCCCCCACCCAGCCUUCUUCUAGAGAAAAGGAGAUGUCAUUUGAGACAAAGGCAGAGCCAGAAACUGGUCCUGUGUCUGAAACCACGGCGGGUGGAGUUCAAGGAGAGCACGUGCCCUGUAGAACAGGAGGGGACGUGGCCGGACUUGGUGGCAGAGCUCCUCCAGGCCGACCCCACUUGGGCAGCGCCCCGGACCUCAGGUUCCCUGUGGCGGACCGGCCGGCAGACUCCUUGGGCAACGGGGCGGUGCUGUGGUGCCCCCAGAAAGGCCGGCUGGCAGCGUUGCACGAUGAGCCAUCCGAGGUGCAGACCCCGAAGGAGCAGGACUGGGAGCGCACGCAGCAAGCCAGCAUGCUGGCCGAUGUGGCCCAGGCGUUUGAGAGUGACGAGGGCGUGUCUGACGACGAGGGCGACAGGGUCACCCUCUUCAGCUCGGCCACUCAGCUGUCGCCCAGCAGGCAGGCCAAUGCCAAGACUCUGACCGUGAUGAUGCAGGAGCAGCUGGACGCCAUCAACGAAGAGAUCCGGUUGAUCGAAGAAGAGAAGGAGAACACGGAGCAGCGGGCCGAGGAGACUGAGAGCAGGGAGGGCAGGGGGAGCUUAGGCAGCCUCCGUCGUUUUAAAUCAGUGAGCUCCCUCAACCUGCUUCCCACCUCCUCGCAUGCUGGCUCCUGCCCGCCCCUGCCCAAGCCCAGAAGGAGGCAGCAGAGCCUGGCGCAGGAGGGAGACCAGCUGGGCAUCAUGACUCUGGGUGAUACAAGAUCAUCUGUUAGUGAAGACCUGGGGGUGCCUUAUGGAAACCACUGUGAGCGAAUGACACUCGAACAGCGUAACAGUCUAUUGUUAGCCAAUUUGACACUUAGCUCACUCCCUCAGCUGCCAGCUUUACGGGAAGAGGUAGAAGAUGACAAGACCGCCAUCAGAUGUGAACCCUCGACCCUCGCCUGGCCGCGGUCCCUUCGGCUGGGCCGCCUGCACACGGGGGCGCUGCGCACAGCCACCCACGAGGACCUCAGGGACGCCCACAACUCCACAGGCUCUCAGGACAGCCCCGGGAACAACCCCAGCAGCAGCACCAGCAGCCAGGGCUCGCUGCACAAAGCCCCAAAGAAGAAGGGCAUCAAGUCCUCCAUCAGCCGCUUGUUUCGCAAGAAGGAAAAGGGCCGGCCUGAACACCCCAGCAAGGAGGCGUUAGGACCAGGCAGGAUCUUUACCCCUAGCGCCACCUGGAAAGCCCCAGUGAAUGCUGACAACUAGAAACGCAGAACAUAAGGGCCGCUCCUAAGUUAAACUGGAAGAGCAGCAAGCACAGGUUGUAAAGAGGAAAACACACGAUGAGCGACAACAGCGCCAACAGAAACAAGGGAUGCGUUCACCCACAUAGAGGAAAUAUCUGUGCCAUUCGGAAGAGGAGCCCGUCAGCCCUUGGAGGGACAGCUGGAACCAGAAUGAAAACCGAGGCCAUGGUCAGCAGUGCCCACCACACGGCCUGGGUGGCGUGGUGUCACUCACCGGGCUUCCUGCAUCCCCAGAGCUGCUGGCAGUAACCUCUCUGAGUGCCAGGCCGGGCAGCGUCCCCGAGUGAGCUCAGGCAUCACCGCUCUCCUUCCAGUGCUGCUCUGGGGCCCUCUGUGGGCGGCCACCCUCAUGCCCUGCCCUGCCUACUUGCUGGGGCCCGGCUGUCCCCCUGGGAUCCUUUCAGCCCUUGAGCUUGGGUGUUCCCAGCCCUCUGCCACACCGGACUGGGACGCAACUCAGGACUUGGGCUUGAGAUAUCAAGGAGACCGUGAAUCUGGAAGGACACCACCCUGGGGCCUGUGAGAGAGCAGGAGAGCAAAGCCCCUACGGGGAGGAAGCAGAGCUGGGGAACGUGCACACAACCUCCACUGCCUCCUGCACAAGUGCCUUUUCUUUGUCUCUCCUUGACCUGAAACAAACGCCAGCUGCUGCUGCUCUGCAGGUGAUUCCUAAAGAUGCACCUCCUGCCAGAGCUAUUGUCCUGCUGCUCUGGGGCUGCCUGAGUGUGCUCAGGAGUACCAGACAAGUUAGGGCUGCCACACCUCAUACUGGAGGUGGGGGGCCUGAUACUGGGGAAGGGUCGGAGGUGGGGGGAGGGUCUGAGGGUGGGGGAGGGCCUGAUGCUGGACUAGGGCCGUGACGCUGGACUGGGAUCUGAUGCUGGACUGGGGUCUGAUGCUGGACUAGGGUCUGAUGCUGAGGGAGGACCUGAUGCUGGACUAGGGUGCAUCAUUCGGGUCCCCGUCAAGGUUGCCCUCGGACACCCCGCCCUGUGACCGAUGGCGAGCCUCGACACCUGCACUUUGUUCCCACCCUCGGCCCGCUGCCCACGCCUCAGCAGCAGAGGGGCCCUGUCCCCGCAGAUGCUGAAGUGAUGGAGCCUCUUGUCUCCGGAGCCAAGGGAAUGAACACACCGUCGGGCGCCCUCUAGGGACACCUAUGCUUCCGCCUUCUGGCCUUUCCAUUGCAUCCGUCCGUUUCUCUUAAGAGAAUGUCCGUGUGAUGACACGGGCUCCCGUUACCAGCUCUGGUCUGUUCUCAGUGAGAGUACAGCUUACCCUCGGCACUCUUUAUUGGCCCUGGGAAAUUUUGCUUCAGUACUUGAUUGAAAGAAAGCAAUAAAUAAUACUGUGAUAAAAAUAGUUCAAAAGUAGACUGUACAUACUUUGUCACAUAUUCGGGAAGUUCACAAAAGAUUAAUAGGAAAAUAGAAUGAUAACAAUGAAUUGUACAAGUAAAUUAAAGGCGGAACCCACAUGUAAAGAGACAUGCUGUCUCUGUCUACCAAGAUACCAGCUGCAUAAUAAAUAUCACACUGUGACCUGAA